AUGUCGCCUGCGCAGUUCAAACGUAAAGACAUCGAGCACCGUAAUACGAGGAACGACGCCGUUUUCGUGAUCGACAACGUUGUGUAUGACGUCACAGCCUUCCUGGAUGACCAUCCGGGUGGUAUAGAGGUGUUGUUAGACAACGCUGGGAAAGAUGCGUCGCGCUGCUUCCACGACAUCGGCCACAGCGAGGACGCCAAGCAAUGGAUGAAACGUUACGUCAUCGGGGAGGUGGUGGAGGAGGACAAGCUGGAGCUGUACCGACGAGCGAUACCGGUAGACGAGAACAGCUCCGACGAGAUGACGUUGAGUGGGAUCGUGCACGUGUGGGGUCCACCGUUGGUGCUAGCUGGUCUCGCGAUCGUCGCUUAUACGUUCCUGUUCUCGUAA